AUGCACGUCGAUGCAGGGUCCUCGCUGCAACAGCCGCCAAUCCGUCACCCGCCCGCCCAGCACCUUCAUUUCACAAAGCAGCUCAGGCACAGCUCAACCUUGUCCGCCAAUGCCUUCUCGAUUGCAGCUGUACAUAUGAUAGCAGCAAAGGUCGAGCCGCACGCUCGGAGAUGGCAGACGCCAAGCUGGGAAAAGAAGACAGAAUCGAAGCAAUGCUCGUCCGAUAGUCGGCCUGGACCGCCAAUCCCGUCUAUAGCGCCAGAUCCAACUGCCAGUGCCAGCAUCGAGCCACAUGCUUUCAGCUACGAUACCACACGUUAUCAACCGCCACAGUGGGAUCAGAAGAUAGAUGAACGAAGCGAUGCCAAGAUGGAUCCACACACGCCUGCAGCUAUCAGCCUCGAAAUUGGGAUAAGAGUAGAUUAA